GGCAACUUCCCAGAUGGAUAACAGAGGCCCCCAAAUUGUUAGUUUGCUGGGGCCGCCAGCAAAAAAAUCGUUGCCACCUCUCAUCAGCAUCUGCAGCAUCCGCAAAAUCAUCAACAUCAUUUCCACCCGGCUGAAAAUUAGCAGAGGAAGCCGAAGGAGGAGAAGGAGGAGGAGGAUCAGGAGUGGAGGAAAUGCGUCCCAUCGUCAGUAUCCAUUGGCUGUGAUGUGAAAUUUUUAGAAUUUGUGAAGCAAAAAUCAAUCGAGAAAUCAAACCCCAAAACACACAAAAAGGAGCUACUAAAUUUUUGAACAUUCCGCAUCCUGAGGACACACACAUCUUCAUGUAGCAUUUCUGUGUGUUAAGUGUUGUUAAUAUAAAUGUAUAUAUAUAUAUAUAUAUAGACAUACAAUCUAUGAAUACAACAAAAUAUAUAGAUAUCUAGACAGACUUAUGUACUUAUAUAUGGAUAUAUAUGUGUAACCCAACCGUCGUAACGUUGCGUUCUUUUUUAUAAAAGUGUUGUUAACAAAACCGAUUUUUAUUGAUGUUUUAUUGAUGUUGAAUACAACGUAUAUACAUGCAUACACACACGAAAGUGGAAUAAGUUUACAUUAAAAGUCCAGCGAUGUUAAAAUUGAUGAGCGGAAUGACCCAGGAGCAACCACAAAGGAUGCGGAAGUAGAAGAAGAAUAAUGAGAAUUUCAAGGAGGACAAUAGGGAAUGCAACCGGAGAGCUCAAUUGUUUAUUAUACCGUAAGAUCAUAUCAAGUCGGAAUGAUGCCAGCAAUUGCACUUGUUAAUUGCACAGCAAAGAAAGUGAAUCUGUAACUGGAGCAUAGAUAUACCUACUUAUAUAUGGAAGAUAUGAAUUAUAUAGCGGAGAUAUGCAUUUUAUAUAUCAAAAACAACAACAAACUUUUGGAUAAGUUUUACGUGUACGUGUACCUAGUAGUAGCUAAAUCUCGUGUAUACAAAUUAAGGUGUUAUAAACUAUGAAACUUACUCACUUCAAAGUCAAAUGAAUUAUGGAACUUUAAAACCCAAUAAACUGUAAUUUAAUACAAAACCAAAACCCAACAAAAACUACUCCAAUUAAAUCAAUUCAACGCAAAACGUACGUGCGCUGUAAUGGAUAAUAAAAGAAGGGAAUCUUCCACUCAAUUCAAUUUUAAUCAAUGCAAAUGCCACACUCAGCAAACACAAUAUGCAACAAAUGAUCAACGCGCGGCGCAUAAAUUAAUAUAUUAAUUAAAUAUAAACAUCAACAACAAUGGCCAAUGUCAGGGAAAAAAGAUAAAGAGUGUGAUCAGACAUUCGUGUCGCGGAUCGGUGGACCCCAGAAUGGCAGCUUCUCGGCCCCGUUGCUGCACAACCAUCGCAAUCAUUCGCGCCAAUGCCUCUACACCUUCCUAGCAGGACCUGGUCAGCGUGUCGAAGUAGUUUUUAAAUCGUUUAAUUUAAGAGGAAGUCCACCAGACGGUUCGGCCGUCGGUGAAUUACCAAGUUGUGUUCAUGAGUACAUGGAUAUCUACUCGGAGGUGCAGUCGUCGGAGCCAGCGGAACUGAUCAAUUCACCAUUCGGAGGCCGCUACUGUGGCACCAUUCCGCCGCGUCGUCGCAUUUCCAUGUACCGGGCAGUUGCGAUUUCUUUUUUUAGCAACAAGAACGUGACCACGGACCUGUUCGAGGGCACGUUUAGGUUUAUAAAUGCAUCGGAAUAUGAAAUUGGCAUUCCAAUUGCGGGGUCGCCAUGUUCCUACACGAUAACGCCCAGCAUGAGCGUGAACAAAACUGGUGCGCUCAUAUCGCCAACCUAUCCAGGUGCCUAUCCGAAGGAUAUGUCAUGCACAUAUCAAUUUCUUGGUGAAUCGAAUCAGAGGGUUAGAUUAGAGUUUCGUGAUUUUGAUCUAUUUUUUGGUGGACCACACUGCCCAUUUGACUAUGUGAAAGUGUACGAUGGUCCAGAUAAUUCGUCAGCAUUAAUCGGUACAUAUUGCGGGCAGCAAAGAAACUUAGUUUUGUAUUCGAGCGAGUCGAGCCUUUUUGUUCAUUUUUAUACGUUAUCGCGCACCGCAAAUACCCAAAAUCGUGGCUUUAAAGGAAUUUAUGAAUUUAGCGAGAGUUUUGUUAAAUUAGAUUUUAUACGUGAAAAUGAUGGCAUUCACAUACGUGGCUCAGAAUGUGAUCAAAAGAUUUUAUCGAAGAAGGAAUCCACUGGCUUUGUGCUGUCACCCAACUAUCCCUAUCCCUAUAUACCAAAAACUGUGUGUAGAUAUUUCAUCUAUGGCAUGCAGGAUGCCCAGCAUCUGGAGCGUGUACGACUCGAGUUUAACGCUUUCAAUAUACCCAAGGUGGAGCACAAGGACAAGAGCGAGUCCAACUGCACGGACGGCUAUCUAAAGAUCUAUCUGAAGGGCCAGGAGACGGCCGAUGCCUACGACAAGUUCGACUACGAGCUGUGCGGCAAUGAGACGCAACGUGUGAUUAGCGAGGGUCCGCGAUUAGCCAUGGUCUUCAGUUCGGGUGAGCUGCAGGGGCGUGGCUUCAAGGGCAAGUACACCUUCGAAACGGAGUAUAAGAUUCCGGGCACGGCUGCUCCGGAUGGCACAUGUAGUUUUACGUAUGUGAGCAGUUCUAAGAAACGAGGUGAACUGAAUAGCCCCCGCUACCCCUCUAACUAUCCAUCGGACACGAACUGCUCGUACUUGUUUUUGGCCGAGGCAGAUGAGCAGGUGACCAUUGUAUUUGACCACUUCAAGAUCAAGGCGGACAACAAUGCAAAUGCCACAGCGGGAGCUUAUGGUUCCGGAGCCUGCUUCGAGGACUGGCUGGAGAUGUACGUCGUCUACCGGGACAACAACGACCGCUUGCUGGGCCGCUACUGCGGACAGACAGCCCCCGGACCCGUCGAGAGCCCGCGGGGAGCGGUGGGGCUGCGGAUCACCCUGCACACGGACCAGGAGAGCGUGGCCAGCGGCUUUAAGGCCCGCUACUUCUUCGAGUCGGCCAAGUCGGAUGCCGGCGACUGCGGCGGCAACUUCAGCAAUCAGGACUCCGGUCUUAUCACCUCGCCCAACUGGCCAGCGGGCUACAAGGCACCCGGCCGGGGCAUGGCCUCCAAUGCCUGCAACUGGGUGAUGAAAGCCCGCCCCGGCUACAAGCUCUCCAUUCACUUUGAGCAGUUCGGUCUGGAAGGAGACCCUGCCAAUCGUGGCUGUCCCGCUGCUGUGCUGCGGUUGUGGAUGAACGUUGACUCCGACCAGCCGCCGAUGGAGCUGUGCGGUGAGAAGCCGCCUGUGGAGCAGUGGCACUACACCUCCACCGGUCAGACGGCGCGCAUCAGCUUCACUACCAGCGACAAGACAGUGGGUGCCCAGGGCUUCCGCAUUGUGUGGACCGAAAUACAGGACUCCGGUCCGGGUCCGCCGUCCGUGGGCCUGCACUGCGAAUCCACAUACCACUUCCAGUGCGGAGCAGGAUACUGUAUCUCCGAUAAACUGAGAUGCGAUGGGGUCAAGAACUGCGGGCCCGGCGACGAUACUGACGAAUUGCACUGUACCACGGAAGCGGCCGAGGAGGACUACGACGUCCUAAUUAUAAUAACGCUUCUCGUCGUCUCGUCCCUAAUCUGUCUCCUAUGCAUACUCUGUCACUCCAGAAGAAACCGUAGGAACCAUGUCCGCCAAUUGGGCCUACAUCGAAAUGCACAUUACGACUCGCAGACCAGUGCGACGGCGGGCCUCAGCUCCAGUCGUAGGCAUCUGCAGAGUGGUGGUGCCAGCAUCGCGGGCAGUUUGCAUGGAAUCAACAGUGGCAACUUGAUGAUACCGCCUGCCCCACUGCCGCCGACCAGUGUGCCACCGCCACCACAUAUAUGUAUCGCCGGCGUAGACAUGGGAAUGGGAAUGGGGAUGGGACAUGGACUAAUGUCAAAUGGGGAGGACGAUGACGACGAUCUGGAGCUUGAUGAGGACCAGCUGGACGCGGACAUUUUCAUCAACGAUGUGCACUUCGAUGAGGAUAACAUCGAUCAUGUCAACCAAAUGGCGAACGUCUAACGAUGGUUAGGCGCAGUUUUAGGCACUUUUAUCGCAAACUUCAGUUUCGGUUUUAAAACGCAUUUAGAAUAAGGCUAACUAGGUAAUGGCGAACAAAGCAACUUUGCAGAGCAAGAGCAGUAGAUUACACACACUCCCCACAGUGCAUACUGACACGCAGACACAGGUUCACACAGAUACAGUAAAACCGGGAGUAGAACAGAAACAGAAAUUCAAAAGUUAACAAUACCUAAAAGACAAGAAAUUAUGCAAAAAUGCGAAUUGAUUAAGACAUAAAUUUAAUAACGAGAAUUAGAGAUGAUAAUGAUGGAUAAAGCGUAAGCGAAAGCUAAGCUAAAUAAGUACAGUAGGGCGAGCAUAUUGUAGUUGCGAUAACACGAUUAGCCAGAAGCGUUUCACAUAAGUAAGGGAUGAUGAUGAUGAUGGAGGAAUAAGAAACAAAUAAUAGCUACAUUUAAUAACUAUAUUAUACACAUAGCGAAAUACGUACGGCGGUAUCGUGAAGGACGCACAAAAAGCACAGGGCGAUAGACGGAUGUGUAAAAAGGAGAAAGGAAGAAGUUGGUCAGCGGAAACGGAAUCGAGCCAGUUAUAUUGCAGGGCGGAAGUGCAAGUACGAAUCAUUUUCAUAGCCACAAGAGACCGCAGACAAGACGAAAAAUAAAAUAAAGUUGUUGAUUUUUAUAUUUGAUACGAGUAAUAUUUAGGUGAAGUAUAAAUUGAAUUAAUUAUACAACAGAAGAAAGAAGAACGUAAACGUUAAUAAAACAAAAUACACACAAUUCGCAAAAACCGAUAGAUAAACCGAUAAUGAAUAACGGCAGAAACAUACUAAAGGGCAUAAAACAAUAAUAAUUAACUACCUUUACAUACGCGCAUGACUUUUUAUUUACACAUUUUGUACAAAAAAUCUUCGACCCUUGAGGCUACACAAAUCAAACAUACAACAACAAAAAGGAGACGAAGUAAUAAUGCAUAAAUAAAAGAAUUAGUGACUAUCAAAACCGUAUCUUCCAGCAAAGAAUAAAAGCAAAGAGUUAAAUGACGCUAAAUCGAAAAGUUUAUAUGAGAAAAUAAAUGAGAAAAUUUAAUAAAUUAGCGGCCCCACAGAUGGAGAAUGAAAAGCGGGAAAUGGAAUGGAAAUAAAUUCAAAGAUUUUUGUCUAUUUAAGCACAUUUUUAUAAACAUUUAAGGCGAACAAAAAUAUUUAUAAAAAUGUAUACGCUAAAGGGAACGAUAAUAAUAAAGUAAAUUAUACAAGAAGCUAAAAACAACAAUCUAAACACAAAGAAACCCAAAAUUAAGUUCAUUUUUUGUUGUGUCAAAUUGCAUUUGGCAAUCUCUUGUGUGAAAAUAUAAUUUUAUGAUAUUUUUAAAAACUUUAUACAUAUGCAAACCUAUUGCGAGUUUUAAGAUGAUUUAAGUUCAUAUCAGUUUCCUCCGUUUUGGAGAUAAAUGAUAAAUUCCCUAAAAUUUCAUAAAAAUAAAUAAUAAUUAUUGGUUUCAUAGCGCACGUACGUUUUGCAAAAGAGCAAAAUUGAGAAAUUUAAUGAAUAUGGCUUAAAUCAGCGAUGGAAACUUAAACCCGUUUAACGUAAAAACCAUUUAUAAUAAACGUAUGUAGGUGUUACAAAAAUGCUACAUUAAUUAAAUAAAAAAAAACGAUAAACAAAGGAAAAAUAAAUACAAUUACAUUGAUGAAGUAAAACGUUGUUAAAUUGUUGCAUAAAAAAGCAUAAAGAUCAAGUAACUCCUAGGAAUUAAUUCAUAAAAUAAACUUUAGUUUAAGUGUACAAAUUUUGUUGUUGUAUUACAUUAAAACCGAAAUGAAAACCCAGAAUUAAAGAAUUCAAUUAGUUAAUAAAAACUCUAAAUUUGUGUUCUAGCAAUAAAAAUUAAACAUAAAUUUAAAAAAAAUAGUACUAAAACAUAAUGCUAAUAAAAAAUGUUCGAGAAAGAAAGUCCCCAAAAACAGAAACCUAUCCCAAAACCAAAAAAAAUAUUCUAAACUAAAAGAGUUUACUAAAGUAACACAAAGUUAAAUUAAAACACCCCAAAAAGAGCAAAUGUUAAAAUUACAAUUAAACCUAUAAAUAAGCCACUCAACGGAAAGCGUCAAACACAUUUGAAUUGAGAUACGUUUUUCAAAUUUCAAAAUCCAGAAACAGAAGUCAGAAAAACCGAAUCUCGGGCGCACUAUUGGCACACAACAUGGCGCCGUUUGCCACAGUGAGAUAAAGAGAAUCCAAAAUAACAAAAUAGUUGAAUAAUAAAAUGCAGAACAACAAAUUUCAAAUUAAAAGGAAACACCUACAAAAACAAUUCCAUGUUAACAUUAAAUAUAAAUAAAGGUAAUUAAAUAAAUGAAUACUAAAACAAAAUUAA